GUUAUGAUCAAUACAUAUACGACCUAUAGGCUCGGCGUGUUCGUAUAUACAGCUGUAAGGGCACGCAGAGAGAACGGGUCUUUGUGUGGGGAUAUGACGGAUUUGGUUUUUUUCUGAAUACGUUUGUGUGAGUUAAGGCGGGAGGAACUUGACGUGCAUUUUGACAUGGAAUAUUGUAUCUUGGCCAGUUGUCGACUGACGGGAAAGAUCUACUGCCCAGUCCGUUGAACAUCACCGUCAUGUUGGCGACGUCGUGCACGCAUGCGUCUCAACACUUUGGUGUUAACGACUCACCAACAACGUCUUGCUAGCUUCAAGCCAAGGCACAAUGGGAAAUCAGAAAGAACCGACUCGUCGACGACCUAAAAGGUCAAGGCUAUCAUCAGCAGGAAAAUUACUUCCGGUUCAUAAUCUCGGUUUUGAUGACAAUAACGAUGACCUUGAAAGCGUCAGCUUCCUUCAGAGCUCGGAAUCCUUGGGCAGCUCGUCUGACACCAAAAUACCGGAACUAGUUUGUUCAAAAUUUGCAGUUAUCGGAGAUCCUCGCUCCAGAAAGAUUAAACACCGGACGAAAACCAAAUACUGGACUAUGCCCGUGUUAGGCAAAGAGAACAGCUUGCUGGUGGCGGAAUCAAACGACCGGUUGUUUGACCGUAAGAACUUAUACGGUACCAAGCAACGUAAGCAAUAUCAGAGACUGGUAAGGGAUAAAACUGUCGUAGCAUCGGCAGACACCUGCACUCCGAGGCGAUCCAUGGACAAAGAACGGGACUAUAUUUUGGCGGAUUACUACAGAACGGGGGAUUUCAAGAAAUAUGAGCGUGAUGAAGUUCACAUCCCAACGGUGUAUGAGAACUACUUCAGCAGACGCAUGAACAAAGACUUGUAUGUUCGUCAUAAGUACUCUGAGGAAUACCGGAAGCGGAACUCGAGAUUUCCGACAUGCGCAAGAAGCCUCCUUGACGCGGAUGCUGGGACUCACUUCUGUGACGUCCUAGGGAAGAGGUUCUGUAAAUGUUGCGAAGAGUAUUCCAACAGACUGUUUUCAUGGAAGUAUGAAAGGCGGAAGCUGCUGCCAUUUCAGUCUUUCUUUGAAUAUUAAUUGUUGAAAAAACGCUUUUUUUUCGUGCGUAAGAAGAGAAAGAAUCUAUUUAUAUGACACGGUUACUGACUCAAAGACGUAAGCCUUGGUACCCUACAUCGAUAUACAGUAAACUACGGUUAUAACAAACUCAAAUGGACCACUAAUUUUAGUUCGUUAUAACCGUAGUUCGUUAUAAGCAUAUAAACAACAUCUAAACAACAAAUGGCCGGGACCAAAAAUAAAGUUCGUUAUAUCCGUCAGUUCGUUAUAAGCGUGUUCGUUAUAAACGUCUUUUACUGUAUACAGGACAAACACUAUUUCAUGCGUUCUCGUAGCUACGUAUUACGUGUGUCGACGGGUUAUUUCCACGAACCUACUUGCCUUUACUAGCCUGUGUUAAAGGAUGACUUCAGAACAAGCGUAUUGCUAAGAUCGGUUUGUGCAGGAGUGCCAAGAUCAGUCCAUGCCUCUCAGCACAAAGAACUCAACGUAAAAG